GAGUUGUCCCUUCCUCCCUGCGAGUAGCACGGCCCGACAGUGCGCCGGGAAAAGCCUUCCGGCGGGGAGAGGCGGCGGGGCCGCGCCGUGCCGUGCCGGCGGGGACAGCGCGGGAGGCGCCAUGGCGCUGCCCGGUGGAAAUAAAGAUAACAUUAGAGCGGGAUGCAAGAAAUGCGGCUACCCUGGUCAUCUGACAUUUGAAUGCCGAAACUUCCUCCGAGUGGAUCCUCAAAGAGAUAUUGUUUUGGAUGUUAGCAGCACUAGCAGUGAAGACAGUGAGGAAGAAGAACUACAGAGAUUGCAAGCCAUGCGUGAGAAAAAGAAUUUAAAUGAGGAGGAGGAAAAGAAGAAACAAAAAAGAAAAAGCAAAGAAAAACCAAAAUUAAAGAGACCAAGGAAAAGGUCUUCCUCAUCAAGUGCUGCUGAAGAGGAUAGUCCAAAGCCGAAAAAACAAAAAUCACACAAGAAGGAAAGGAAAAAGGAGAAGAAGAAUAAAUCUAAGAAAGGAAAACAUCAUAAAAAGGAAAAAAAGAAGAGACGAAAGGAAAAAAGUUCAUCUUCUGACAGCUCAGACAGUUCUAGUAGUGACUAAUGUGCUGGCCUAUUUUUGCUCUCACUUCUAAAGUGGGAUGAUUUUCCUGUUAAAUCUAACCUAUUUAUGCUUUGCAAUGCUGUUGUUUUAAAAUGAUAUAUAUUUUUUGAAGAAAUCUAUUUGGAAAUGUUAGUGCUUCAAAUUAUUAAAUGAAACAUUUUAAAAAAACCCUCCUAUUCCCGGUUUAUUAGAAUUCAACCAUGCAAGUUGAACUAGUUUUUCGACUUAGUUCAGUUGUGAUCAGUUGUGUUUUCAAUCCUUUACAUUAUGAUAUAGCACACUUUAAUUUGCAAGUCUUUGUGUUAGAAGAUUUGGAUGUAAAUAUGCUUAAUGUUGGAAAGGCUAAAUCAAAUUUAGAAAUGUUUGAAUUAUUUGUUUUUAAUUCCUUAAAUGUAUAUGUUUUGCAUAACAUUUUCUAUUUACAUGUACUAAUUGGUAAAUGCAAAUAUGAAAUAUCAUUCAGGCGCAGAAGUGGAGAAGGAAGGGGCAAUGAGAAACUAAUAAAAGUUUGCUCCUUCAAAAUAACCUGAAAUUGAUCUACUGAUAGAUUUUUAAAACAUGUGAUUUCAAUUUUUUUUUGGCAGGAUCGCUGUGAGCAAAUUGAAAACAAACAAAAGUAAGCACCUGUCAAUUUUGAAGUCCUUUCCUUCUGCCUAGGUUCUGUUCUUUUGCAAUUGCAGGCAUUUCAUCUAUGUGAGACAGAUUAAGAAAUACCAUUUCUUAAUAGUAAAUGACUAUCCAGCAAGAUUGUUUACAAAAUUCUUAGUACUAAAUUAAAAUAGUAUGCAGUUGUUGAUAACUACAUGAAUCUAAACAGCAAAUUUGAAGACUAAAUCUGACAAAAAUCUUGAAGUCUAUUCAUUCUAAUAAAACUCCCAUAGAAACAUUAUUUUCCUCUUGUGGGAGGUGAGCAUCUAUUAUGUUGAAGUUGGUAACAAUUCACCAUUUGCUGUCAGGGGAGUAGUCUUUAAGCAUGUCAAAAUUUCAUAAGUCAAUUAUGAACUGGAUUUCAUAAAAAUCCAACUCAUACCUGGUACCCCAGUAGCAUACAGCUGAUAAGUAGCACCUGCAUUGCAAUUAGACAUAUAGAUGGUAAGUCGCAUGCGGAUCAAGAGAUGAGGAAGAGCAACAUUUAAGCUUUCUUAAGAGUGAUAUGCAUUUCCUGUAGAUCUAACUCCUUCCUUCAAAUACGUAUGUCCCAGAUGAGUAUCCUUUAUUAUUGGCAAUUAUUGGACAACUCCACUUGCAUUGUAGAUGCUGUGGUAGGGAACAUUAAAGACAAAUACUCAUGGAAGCCACAAGAAGAACAAAGAAAAAUAAUCACUAACCUCCUCCAUUGAUCUGUCAGAGGAUGUUGAGUCCUUGCAUCUGCUCUUUUCUUACUGGAUUUGGUCUGGUCUGUAACUUUCAUUCAUACAUCAUGAUUUCUGGGAUGGGCUUGGAUAACUAAAGAAAGACUAGACCCUUUAAUUAGCUAAUGACUUUACAUAAGAUUAUAAAGCAGCAUAGUGUAAGGAACAUUUUUUUUAAUAAGUACUAAUGUAAAGGCUUUGGCUACCUUGUUCACUCUUGUCUUAGUGCUGCUGUAACUUAAUAGAGCUUAUUUUUAACUGGGUCAGUUCUCUAAGUCAUUCUGUGGAGGGCAACAGAGGAGUUGUGGGCUACCUAAGCCAGUACUGUUAACAAAGGAAAGGCUUAAUUAAGCCACAAAUUAAGAGACAACUCUUCCACACCCUCACACCCUCCUCCCUCCCCCCCCCCCUCCCCAAAAUUUCUUAAUGAAAUUGGAAAGGUUACUGCAGUUAGGGGAUUUCAGAGCUCGUGUAAUUUUUCUAUGAUCCUAUGUUGGCAUGCCACCUCUGGAAAAUGGGAUUUUGUACUUCGUUUCUUGAUGUUGAAAUUUUCAGCUAAAGGCAUGUAACUGAAGGUAAAUUUUACAGCCUUCUGUACCAGAAUGGCCGAGAAGUUUACUGAGGAACCCUUAUUAGGGUGAGUAUUUCUCUACACAGGCUUAUAAUUUGUUCAUCAAAUUAAUUACUAAAUUAGGGAAGGGGUAAAAUCAGAAAUGUAACUCAUAUUUUAGUAGUGGUGAGACAGCUCUAAUUGUUGAAAUCAAGUCUGUCUAAAUAGUAGUGUGAUUACCUUUUCUGUAACAUUACAGCAGUCCUGUUUACAAUGGUAUUUCAUAAAGGUAUGUAAGGUGUGAAUUUCAAUGUUCACAUUUUUCCACUUGUUAAUAAAUGUUAAUAGAGUGUUUUUCAUACUCAGAAAAGGCUUUUAUAAUUUGAUCAAUUUAAAUAUCACUAUUGUCAACAUGUAUUCCUUUAACAAAGAGAAUAUCAUGUAAUUUUGUUUUUCAGGCUAUAUUUCCAUUUUAUUUGCAAAGAUGUACAUUAAAGUCUAUAGGUUUUGCCACAGAAUUAAAGUGCUCAAGAUUUCAGGUGUAUUAGAUGACAUAUCAAGCAAAUGCUACAAUGAACAGUUCUCUGCCAAGCUAAUGUUUGCUAAUCUUUAAAAGGUAAUAUUAGAAUAAAUAUAUUUUUUUCUUA